UGCGCAUUCAGACUUCCUCCCAUAAUUCUGUAUUAAAAUGUCGCUGUCUUAAAAACGGAAGUAAAUAGCUGCCUGGCAAGUUUGCCAACAGCUGGCAUCAUUCGAAUUUACAAAUUAGUGUUUUAUAACAAAUGGAUAGCAUGGAAGACAGUGGGUUUGACAGUGAUCAAAAAUCGCAAAAUGGUCAAACAGAAAAAGAUCCAAGCCUUGCGAAAAGUUCUUCUUUCAAGACUUUAAAGAGAGCGGCUGAUCUUCAGAAGAAAAUUGAAAAACAACGAGAACUUGCCAAAAAAGCUCAAGCUCAUGCUGCAGCAAUAGACCAACAACCUAAGAUGUCUCGCUUUGGUUCUAAAAACAGAGUCACUAUACCUGAAAUAGUCCCCCUUAAUCCAGGAAAACAACCUCUUAUCACCAUAGUUUCCGAUGACAGUGAUGAGGAUGAGUUUGAUUUACCAGUGACAGGUCGCCAUGCCCACAGAGAUAUUACAGAACAAUUGGUGAAAGAUGGCUACAACCUCGACCUUGAACCAGAUGACGAAGACCUUGACCUUAUACCCCCACGACCUUUUAAUGAACGGUGCACAUGCUGUCAACUACAGACGACCUGUGUAAUACAGUGACAUCAUCUUUCCCAUAAUCCCACAGGAUGAUGUAUUAACUAAAAGUAUGCAUGUGAUUGGCUGAUGUAACAAGGUCUAGAGUGCCAGAGCUUUUUUGUUAGAAGAAUGUUGAUUGGUUUGCCUUGGAAAGCCUGUUUUGUCUGUGUGAUAUUUAUGCAGUGGACUGUGGUGUAGUUGAGUGACCUAGUAUUCGUUUGCAAUCAUUGCUUAACCAACAAUCAUAUUAAACGGUGAAAACCACUUUGAACGGUGAAAACCAAAAGAUGUUUUACCGUAACUACCAGGCACAUGAAAUCAUCGGUGGACAUUAAAAUGAUCAUCUGGUGUAUUGGGUUGCUAUAGUGACUAGUUACCAUAGUUGCUAUAAUCAUUAGUUGUCAUAGUUGCUAUCAUCACUAGUUACAUUUGCCAUAGUUGUUAUAGUGACUAAUUGUCAUAAAGGAGUUGGUGGGAGGGUAAAUUAUUUAAUGCCCUAUAAUGCAGUGGUGGAUUUAGAAAAUUUGGAAAGAUGGUAUGCCUUUGUAGGUUUCACCCAGUAUUCGACAAAUGUUUGAGAAAGUCACUAGUCCUCAUAGAAGCUUCAGCUAGUGCCCUAUGUAUUAUAGUAAUAUACCGGAUAAUUGCCACUAGCCCAGACAUGAAAUUCACUAGCCAGGACUGAGAGCUAGUGUCGUUUUCGAACCCUGUUUCACCUUUUUGGGGGGGGGGAAGGCUUGCUGUUUUUCCUUAGUAAAUUAUCUCUAUAUUCUACCAAAAAAUAAAUGUGUGCCUGUAGUUUUCUCAACUUCAUGUACUAUUAUUAAUAUUACCAAACAUAUAUUUUUGAACAAUGAUUUUUAUAAAACACUGCAGAAAUCCAGUAUUGCUUUUUGUAUACAAUGUGCAGUAUGUUAUCCAGUCUAUAUUGGCAUCUCCGAUCUGAUUAAUCCAUAAAGGCCAUAAACUGAACUAAACCAAACUGCGUUAUAUUUUAUAGUCCCAAGAGUGUAGAAUGCAGCAUACAUUAUUAUUAAAGGAAAUGUUUUGAGAUGGACUACAGCAUCUUUCACAAUAAGUUAAAGGAACUGUCCGAGUUUGUUCCUAUUGUUAAGAUGUUGCUGACUGAUGGAUGUUUUAAUGACUGAAAUUGAAUUUUUCUGUAUAAAACAUCAGUGGCUGUAUACUAAGUGUGUUUCUCAUUGUCCUAGAGUUCGUACUAGGUCAAACUUCAAUUUAUUUCCCAAUAUAUAUUUUUUUCAUAUGUAUGAAAUUAGUGGGAGACCAAAUCCAGUUUGGGCUGCUUGCAAACAUUAGGACGACUGAAAACAUACUGAAUAUUCAGACAUUGAUAUUGUAAACAAGAAGUUAUAUUUACUAUGUAUUGUUAGUGGUUAAUAUGUUUUAUUAACCUGAAACAUCUUUCAAAUUACAGCAAACUUUGGGACAGUGUCUUUAAGUAUCAUCAGCCAUGAUGUAUGGUUGCUGUUUCUCCAAACCAUUUGCUUGUUACAUACGAUUCAUGAACAUUUCUGAAAUGAAAACUGCAUUAGCAUUAUUACGACUUACAACUGCAUUCAAACAAGAAUCGUAAUAAACAUCAAGAACUUACCUUUUAUAGAUAAAAAAGUAAAACAUUUCUAAAAUAAUGUCAUACAAACAGUAAUUUUGAAACCGACUAUAACCCUUAUUUAGCACAUUGCACUUCAUUGCACAACAGCCAGGUGCAAUGAUACUUUCAAGAUAUAAGUUUUUGUUAUUUGUUGUAAUCCAUUUCAUCCAUUUCUUUUGUUUAUAUGGUAGUUUAAGGCAACUUUUUCUGUGUUUAUUGUGUCUUUUGUUUAUAUAUAGUUACAGGUCAUCACAGUGCCAAUACAAUGUUCAGGUUUUCAUUCCAUAGGUUGUUUUGAAUACUUAUGUAAUACCGGUAGGUAAAAAACGGUGGAGAAUAAUUUUAAGUAGGACUUCAUAUCAGUUAUACUUCAAGUCACUACCAUCGUAAUGUAUUGCAGUUUUCUUACCUUUAACUUACACAUUAUUUACAACUUUCUGCAUCUACAUAUAAAAAGGUAUUUAUCCCAGAAGCUGUGAUCAGAAACUUUUAAAAAACCCAAAAAACCUAUCAUAUGAUGACACUACUUAUUCAGUUUGUGUGAAAGAUUUUCUUAAUUGUCAGUAGGUGGUGACAAUGGUAAAAAGCGGGGAAGAAAACACUUUUAAAUUUUUUAAAUUUAAAACCAACAUUUUAGUUGUGAUGGUUUCUGACUGAAUACUCAAACUGCCAUGUCCAAAACUGACAAACAAAAUGUGGAAUUUUACAGCAUAUAAAAACAAACUUGUCUAAAAUGUAACAAACCUUUAAUUUGCUCCAUUUUGUCUUAAUUUCUCACUCCAGCCAGUGCACCACGACUGGUAUAUCAAAAGCCAUGGUGUGUAUUAUUCUGUCUGUGAGAUAGUGCAUACAAGAGAUCCCUUGCUGCUAAUUGAAAAGAGCAGCCCAUGAAG